AUGUGCGUUAGUUCUUGGAUGCAAUUCCAAUUCUUCGAGAACAUUCCAAUUAGGGACCCACAAUUAGGGAGACCUUCCCAGUUGUAUUCUGAUCCAACUUUAUCGGCUGCAACCUUAAUCAACUCAAAUAAACUUUUAAUAGCUGUCAAUUCAUCAGUUAUUAAAAUUGUCGACAUAAAAUCUUCAACUGUUUUAAAUGAAUUUGAGGCUUUCCCUGAAGGAUUCAGAAUACUCUAUUUGAAAAUAAUAAAUAACACCUUUAUAGUUGCUGUAGCAGAAUGCUCAGGUCUACCGGCACAAUUCAAACUAUUUCGUUUAGAUAAAUUACCUAAAACAGUUAAAAGUUUCCAUACCUUAGUAGAAAUAAAAAAUGGCGAUAACACAUCACCUAUAUCUGCAAUCUCUAUUGCCAAGGAUUUAUCUUGCUUUACAGUCGGUUUCAUAAAUGGUAAAAUAUUAUUAGUCAGAGGUGAUCUGAUCAGAGACAGAGGUGCAAAACAACGAGUGAUAUUCAACGAUAAAGCUCAAGAGCCAAUAACUUCAUUGGCGCUUAAUAACGAGGCUACCUUUUGUUACGUGAGCACCACAUCUAAAAUCUUCCUCUUUAAUACCACAGGGAGAAAUAACAACAUGCCUGACUUAAUCCUAAAUAACAACUCAGGCUUAAAUUUAAACUGUGGAGUUCUGUCUAUAAUUGGUGAUGAAUUUAUAUGUUACCGUGAUGGUAACAUUGAGUUCUAUCAGACAAAUGGCGAAAAGAGAUUUAUUGCAACUGACCUGAGUGCAGUUAAAAGAAUAUAUCCCAUUGAUAACGAGCGUAUACUGUUUGUAACAGAAGAAACUGCCUCAAAGGAUUCAUCAUUACAAAUAAGUGAGCCCGACUCUACGCUAAUGAGUAGAGUUGUCAUAAUUGACAUUAAAAAUAAACUUGUUGCCUUAGAUUUUAUUGUCUCGAAUUCAGUGAUAGAUAUCCUUGGAAACCCUGAUAGAACCGAAUCGACUAUUUAUUUAUUAACAAGCAACGGCAUUUUACACAGUAUUUCUGAAAAAUCACUUCAUGAUAAACUUGCAAUUGUAAUACAGAAACAAUUAUACCCCUUUGCAUUAGAUUUAGCCACAAAUUAUAACGUAGCCAGUGUAGAUAUCCAAAACAUACACAAGCUGUACGGUGAUUUUUUAUACAAGAAAGACCAAAAGAAAGACGCUGUUGCUCAAUACAUCCAAUGUCUAGACGUGGUAGAAACUAGCGAGAUAAUAGCGAAGUUCAGUAUUGAAGGUACAUCCGAUUUAAAUGGUAUAAAAAACCUUUCGGACUAUCUAUGGUCUCUGAUAAAAAAAGGAAUUGCAAGUAGUGAUCAUGUCACCUUACUUCUAAUUGUUCUAAUUAAACUAAAGGACAGAGAGGAAAUAAAUUUAUUUUUAACUCACUUCAGCAGAUUGGGGAAUUUCUCAUCAAUGGCUAUUGAAGAUGAUAUAGAUGAUGAGACGUACUAUUACAGUGAUAAGGAUUUAUUCAACUUUAAGCUGAUAUUGCGUUUAUUAGAUGAAUCGAACUUCCAUGAAGAAGCUUACAAAUUGGCGAAAAAGUUCUCUAAAGAUGCCGUUACUAUUGUUGAGGUUCUAUUAGAUAUUAUGAAUAGCCCACUGAUAGCACUUGAAUAUAUAAAGAGUUUGGAUAUAGAUGAUACUCUCAGAGUACUAGCGUUAUUCUCCAAGAAAUUAUUGGAUCUUUUGCCAAAUGAUACAGUUUCUUUGCUGAUAAAAGUUUUUACAGGAAGGUAUAUUAGCGAGAAAUACGAAUAUAAUAAUAUUAAAAACGAAGAAAGAGAGGAUAAACCAAACUUCAAGAAAAUUUUCUACAGUUAUACGUCUUUCGUCGACUAUAUGAACGAUCCCUUGUUCUCAAAAGCACAAACAACUAAUCCUGAGGUCAAUGAAAGGAUACCGACAUACCAUCCACCGAGACCAUCAAUUGUGUUUAGCUCUUUUCUUGAUAAGCCUUUCCAAUUUGUGGUUUUUCUUGAAGCCUGCCUGGAUAGUUACAAACGUUAUGAGGGCUCAAAUGAAGACAAACAAGCCAUUUUUACAACUUUAUAUGGUCUCUACCUGACUCUUGCAGAAGAAGAUUCUGCCGAAAGGAAAAAUGAAUGGAGGAAUAAGGCGAAACUAAUUCUGAACGAAAGUCAUAAAUUAGUUCAAACCGCAUCCGACGAUUCAACCUCAUUAAAUUCCGUCAAUAAUAAACGAAUUGAUAAUUCAUUAAUGACCUUAAUAUCUCAUAUUCACAAGGUCGAUCCAUUUUUAUCUUCCAAUGAUGAAGAACAAGGCCUAGAGAAUAAUAUUAGAAUUGGUGAGUAUAACACAUCAGAGGAAGAUAUUUCAAGGUCAACCCUAAACAACUUUCGGUCACUAACACUAACAGAAGAACCUAUAAAUUGUAUGAGAUAUUUUGAACGUUAUUCUUCAAAUGAUCGUAACUUAUACCGUUCCGCUUUAAUAUACUUUACUUCAUCUAAACAUAUAUUGAAUUCAAUUGGUGGUGAGACUGUGGUUAAAGAAAAUAUUAUAGAUAAAAUAACGAGUCAGAAUUUGCUAUCAACUAUAGAAAUAAUCCAUAUCCUUUCAAAUAGCAAUUGUGCAACGUACGGAUUAAUUCAAGAUGUCUUGGUUUCCCAAGUAAAAUCAAAAGAAGAAGAAAUUUCGAGGACCCAAAAACUCAUACAAUCUUACGAAAAUGAAUUAUAUAACAAGAAGGAAAAGAUCAAUAAAAUACUGAAUACUGAAGAUGGAACCUCUAUAAAACUAAAGGGAAAGCUAUGUAAUAGAUGUGAAACAGCAAUCGAAUUACCUAUUGUAUAUUUUAAGUGUGGCCACCUAUAUCAUCAACGAUGCCUGAACGAAGAGGAGUACCAGAUUUCAGGAAAGCAAGUAUACAGAUGCCCAAAAUGUUUAGUAGAACAAGAAAGAUCAAAAAAAUUACAUGAAACACAGCAAGAAAUAUCUAAGAAUGAUGAAAUGCUUGCUAUGGCGUUAGGCGAGGAAGGUAGAAAUGGUGACAAGUUUAAAGUGAUAACAGAAUUUAUUGGAAGAGGUGGGAUGGAGUAUUCACAUAUUAUCAUUUGA